AUGACUUCUACUUCGACUCCAUCAUCCAAACAACCACUUCCUCGACAACGAAAGAAUACUCUUAGUAUUAUCAUUCACGCCACAAUGCAGCUCCUCUCGUCCCCACCCUCUUCCCCUACUGACUCCACUGUCAAUGGAGCUAUUCUCUCACAAUCAUCAUUUUCAUCCACUUCACGUGACGACUCAUCAGAAUACUUUUCAUUCCCAGACUAUGAAGCUUAUAUUAAGGAUGUGGAAGAGACCGAAAAGAUGGUUGUACAGAUGGAAGAGUUUGACGAAAUGGUUGUCAACGGAGUUAGAAUACGCUCACCAAAGAAUUAA